CCAGGAUCCAGACUCACCCUCACGCUCACGCUCCCCACCCUCGGAUCCGAUAUAUAACUCCGUCCAAUGGCACUCUGUCUACUGGGAAUGACCCGUGGAAAUUGUUUGUGAUCGAUGACUGAAGAACCCCAGCACGAUGCUCGACGAGAACCUCCCUACAUUCUACCUCAAACCCUCCCGUCAAACCCCCCACCAAAGCACCAUCUACCUCUACCAACACGGCGACGAACCCCAACCCACCUACACCCUCCGACACCCAGACCCAACCACCGCAGCCGCCAACCGCUACGCGGCAGCGCUCUACGACGCCCACGUGCCCUCCAUCCUCUACGGCGAAGUCCUAAUAUCACCGCAAUGGACAAGCACAACAACCACAACCACCCCCACCCUCUCCGCAGAGGCCAUCCGCGCCGCUAACAACGGCACCGCUCAUCCAGCUCCGCCCCCGGAACCUCUCCUCCCCACACAGUUCACCGUGAACCUAUACAACCCAGACCAAGCCGUGACGGUGCACUACAAGCCGAAGUCGUGGAACAGUCCCGCGACAUGGUGGUUCGAGAUGCCCCAGCAGAGCUUCCGGCAACCGUCUUCCUCCAAACUCGACCACACGCAAGCCGACCCGGCCUCCGCCGAGAUCACCCCGAAGCUCAGGUUUGCGUGGCGCAAGGAUAGCAAGCUGAGCAAGGAUCUCACGUGCGUGCUGUCCGGGAAGACGACCACGCUGCCCGAGUCGAAGACGAAAGCCCGGGAGCCGGAUAUCACCGUGGCGAUGUUCCAGUCGCUGAAGGAGUUGACGCUGUAUGAGCCGAACCUGUACCGCGUGGAGAUGGAGGAUUUCAAGGGGCUGGAGGUUGUGUUGUUGUUGGCUGCGGUGACGAUUCGGGACGUUUGGUUUGCGCCGCAGGGGUUGCGGGAGGCGUUUCGGGUGGGGAAGGGGGCGUCGGCGGUCGCGAAUGGGAGUGGGCAGACGAAUGGAAAUGGUGCUAGGGCAGGGGCUGUAGCGUCUGGGGCCUUGAAUGCGUCACCGUCACCUUCGUCGCCAACGGCACGGCAGCCGUCACAACCGGCCGUCUCGCCGGCCGAGAACUGGCGUCAACAGGAGGAAGAGCGUCGCACGCAGAUGCUCCUGGAGGAGGAGGAGAAGGCUCGACGGCAGCGGGAGGCGGCGCGCCAGGCGGAGAUCGAUCGGGAGACGCUCCGCCUGCGGCGACUCUACGGCCAGGAGGAGGAGCGCGUGCGGAUGCAGCAGGCCGGGGCGCCGCCGCGGACGGGGGCGGCUACCGUACCGCCGGCGCCGAGUCUGCCUCUGCGGCCCGGUGCACAGUAUCCCCAGAAUCAUCCUCCGCGGGUGUCUGGGUCUCGGCCGGUGGAUCCGCGACGUCAGUCGGUAGUGCGCUUUUCCUUGUCGCCCGAGCAGCAGCAGCAGCAGCAGCAGCCGCAGCCACAGCAGAAGCCAGGGUUACAAACGAAGAAGAGCAGUUUCUUUCGGUUACGGCGGUCGUCGGACGAGACCAAGUUGAGUAAAAAGCGGAGUUCGAUGUUUUGAUUUGCGAUACCCUUGCAUAUAGCG